AAUCUGCUGUAAUCGACUCCUGCAAACUCUCUGAGAGAUAAAGCAUAGGAGCAGAAUCCCGGUCGGGUUCUAAGCUCUCAGCAGCGGCCUCUCGUGUCUGACUCAGGCUCUCCUGCUGCGGCGACGAUGUGGCGGCAGGCUCAGCUGCGCGAAUGGAAUCCAGUGACUCCUCCUCCUCAUCGAUACCAGCGUCAAAGAGAUCUGUGUCACCCAACAGGCAGCCGCUGUCAUUCAUAGUACCGGGGAGAGGCGUAUCCUGGACACAAAGCAGUUUGUCGUUAUCCACGUGAUGUACUAACAACUAAAGUAGUCUUUCCUCUCUCUACAGAUAAUUGGGGAAGUUUGCUCAAUUUUGUCAGCAGGAUUUUGCAAAAGCUGAUUGAAGGAACCCUAAAGGGGGGAUGUGGGAGCCAUGUGCAUUACAGAUUCCAUCCAUCCAUUUUAAAUAACACAUCUCCUCGCUUGGGUUUGGAUAAGCUGAGGCCCAUCUGUAAGGUCCGCCUGCUGCCCCUCCCUCUCUGUUCCAGCCUCCGCGGCGUCCCGGCCUCGGUACGGUGGGGAAACCUAUCCGUCUCUUGGCCAACCACUUCCAAGUGCAGAUUCCCAAGAUUGAUGUCUAUCACUAUGAUAUUGACAUCAAGCCUGAGAAACGGCCGCGGAGGGUCAACAGAGAGGUGGUGGACACAAUGGUGCGGCAUUUCAAGAUGCAGAUCUUUGGAGACCGACAGCCUGGUUAUGAUGGGAAGAGGAAUAUGUACACAGCACAUCCACUGCCAAUAGGGAGGGACAGGGUGGAUCUAGAGGUGACCCUACCUGGGGAAGGGAAAGAUCAAACUUUCAAAGUGUCGUUGCAGUGGGUGUCUGUGGUCAGUCUUCAGAUGCUUCUUGACGCGUUGUCCGGUCACCUGAACGAAGUCCCGGAGGACUCCGUUCAGGCUCUGGAUGUCAUCACGCGGCAUCUCCCUUCCAUGAGAUACACUCCAGUGGGACGGUCAUUCUUUUCUCCUCCUGAGGGCUACUACCAUCCUCUGGGUGGAGGCAGAGAAGUUUGGUUUGGUUUCCAUCAGUCCGUCCGUCCUGCCAUGUGGAACAUGAUGCUCAACAUCGAUGUGUCGGCCACUGCUUUCUACCGUGCUCAGCCAGUGAUUGAGUUCAUGUGCGAAGUUUUAGAUAUACAGAACAUCAAUGAACAGACCAAACCCCUGACUGACUCGCAGCGCGUCAAAUUUACGAAGGAAAUAAGAGGCUUGAAGGUGGAGGUCACACACUGUGGUCAGAUGAAGAGGAAGUAUCGUGUGUGCAAUGUUACGCGCCGACCAGCCAGUCACCAAACGUUCCCCUUACAGCUUGAGAAUGGCCAGGCAAUGGAAUGCACAGUUGCUCAGUAUUUCAAGCAGAAGUACAAUCUGCAGCUCAAGUAUCCACAUUUACCCUGUCUGCAAGUAGGACAGGAACAGAAGCACACUUAUCUGCCAUUGGAGGUCUGUAACAUAGUAGCUGGCCAACGCUGUAUAAAAAAACUGACAGACAACCAGACAUCCACCAUGAUCAAAGCUACCGCUCGCUCCGCCCCUGACCGACAAGAAGAGAUCAGCAGACUGGUCAAAAGCAACAGCAUGGUUGGGGGUCCUGACCCGUAUCUGAAGGAAUUUGGCAUUGUGGUGCAUAAUGACAUGACUGAGGUGACAGGACGAGUGCUCCCAGCGCCCAUGCUACAGUAUGGGGGCCGGGUGAGUACAGACACAGGGAGGGACUGUGGCAGGGGACUCUCUCCACAGAAUAAAACGGUAGCCACGCCCAAUCAGGGCGUGUGGGACAUGAGGGGGAAGCAGUUCUAUGCUGGCAUCGAAAUCAAGGUCUGGGCUGUGGCCUGUUUCGCACCACAGAAACAAUGCAGAGAGGACUUGCUCAAGAGCUUCACUGAUCAAUUGCGUAAGAUCUCAAAGGAUGCUGGGAUGCCCAUCCAGGGCCAGCCAUGUUUCUGUAAAUAUGCACAAGGAGCGGACAGUGUGGAGCCCAUGUUCAAGCACCUCAAGAUGUCUUAUGUGGGUCUGCAGCUCAUUGUUGUCAUCCUGCCUGGCAAAACGCCAGUCUAUGCUGAGGUGAAGCGGGUGGGGGACACCCUCCUCGGCAUGGCCACCCAGUGUGUUCAGGUGAAGAAUGUAGUAAAGACGUCCCCACAAACUCUCUCCAACCUCUGCCUCAAGAUCAAUGCCAAGCUGGGAGGCAUCAACAACGUCCUAGUGCCGCACCAGAGGCCGUCAGUGUUCCAGCAGCCCGUCAUCUUCCUGGGUGCAGAUGUCACUCAUCCUCCAGCAGGUGAUGGGAAGAAGCCAUCUAUAGCGGCAGUGGUGGGCAGCAUGGAUGGCCACCCCAGCCGUUACUGCGCUACAGUGCGAGUCCAGACGUCCCGGCAAGACAUGUCACAGGAGCAGCUCUUCAGUCAGGAGGUCAUUCAAGAUCUUACCAACAUGGUGCGGGAGCUACUGAUCCAGUUUUACAAAUCCACACGCUUCAAGCCAACCCGCAUCAUCUAUUAUCGUGGUGGUGUGUCUGAAGGCCAGAUGAAACAGGUAGCGUGGCCGGAGUUGAUUGCCAUCAGGAAAGCGUGCAUCAGUCUGGAGGAGGAUUAUCGGCCUGGCAUUACCUACAUUGUAGUCCAGAAACGCCAUCACACUCGUCUUUUCUGCUCUGACAAAGCUGAGCGGGUUGGGAAGAGUGGUAACGUACCAGCUGGUACCACUGUGGACAGCACCAUUACACAUCCGUCCGAGUUUGAUUUCUAUUUGUGCAGCCACGCUGGAAUUCAGGGUACCAGUCGUCCAUCUCACUACCACGUCCUGUGGGAUGAUAACUGUUUCACGGCCGAUGAACUGCAGCUUCUCACCUACCAACUGUGCCACACCUAUGUCCGCUGCACACGCUCCGUCUCCAUCCCGGCACCUGCCUACUACGCCAGGCUGGUGGCUUUCCGUGCCCGAUACCAUCUGGUGGACAAAGACCAUGACAGUGCUGAGGGGAGCCAUGUGUCAGGCCAGAGUAAUGGCCGUGACCCCCAGGCUUUGGCCAAGGCGGUGCAGAUCCACUAUGACACCCAACACACCAUGUACUUCGCCUAAACUAACGAGCCUAUCUGCCCGUCCAUGCGUGGACAUCCAUCCCGUCUGUAGUUUUAUUCAUUAUGAGCUAGUCUUUCUUUGUCGUCUUGUUUUUCCCUCAUUAUAGUCGCUUUUCAUUUUCUUAAAUGUGCACCAAAGUGACACUUUGAUGGGAUUCUGUGUCCAGUAGCUUUUUAUUGAAACACGCUAAAUCCAGUAUUCCCAGUCGAGUCUCCCUUCUUACCAGCAAUUAAGCACUGCAAACCCCAGGGGUUUCCAUUGCACAGAAGAAAAUGACAGAAAAAUAACAAAACCCACACACACAUACUACUACUAAUUGAGCCAUUAUUUUGUCUUUUGUUUUUUCCUAUCUGAAUGUCUGCACUCGUGUUUUUGAGAUAUACUGAGCAAUGGAGUGUUUUGGCGCCACUUGUGUCGACGAAGCUCUUUCGCUCUCCCAGCUAAGCAGGACUCUCAUCUACUUUUACCUCAAAGCCCACCAGGGCAAAAUCUGUCACAAGGUCUUGGGUUUUAUUGGGUGGUCGGGAGGAACUCUACAUGAAGAGAUGGAGUGGGGGAUGGGGGGUGGGUGACCUUUUGAGAAUGAAUAUAUAUAUAUAUAUAUAUACAUAUAUAUAUAUAAAAUUGUUUUUCCUUUUUGAGUGUUCAAACUUUUUCCUCCUUCAGUCUUUUACAAACGAGGUGACCUGGGUGUCCAUACCCAUUGCUACUUUUCUCCAAUCUUUGCGAAAGAGUAGCCAGUGUACGCGUGCGUGCGUUUGUGUGCGUCCCUGUAUAUACAUGUAAUUUUGUUUGAAUGUGUGUGUUUUUGUGUGCACAUGCUUUCAUGGCAGGCCACUGAAUUGUAAAGGGAAAUUGAGGAGUUAACUGCUGUAAAUACCUCAGAUUUGUUGUUUUUAUAUUCUCACAUACAGUACAUAUAAACAUAUAUUUACAUCUAGAGCAGCUUUGAGAGAAAUGACUUGCCUCAUGGAGGCUUUGUGGGUUUCUAGCAGUCCAGGGUCACCUAUCGAUUAAAAUCAAGUUACACUUUGACUGACGGGUGGGAUUUGCACACGUGCUCGUUCAAGGCUGGCGUGUCAAACUUCCAACUUUCCAGUAGUAAGUGACAUGUUGCCUGAGGAAGCUGUGAUAUCUGAGGUCUGGCCUGUGACAGGCUCUGCAUUGGGACCUGUCAUUUGGCUAAAGGCAUUAAACGCAGCACAGCAGUCUUAUCAGCACUUCUUUCUGUGUGAGUGACAAAUAGGAUUUUUCUUGGGACCUGAUGAGCUGAAGGAUUUUAUGAUGACACUGCUGGACGUUGUUGUUUUGUUUUAGAUCUUUAGUAGUGAUUUCUAGGGCCAGAAACCAGAGUAUUUUUAUUAUAAUUUUUUUUCCCUAAAGGUCUCAUUUGCAAAUGAUGGCCAAUUCAUUGCACUGACCCGGGACGCUAGGCAAGCAACAGAGGGCACUCUCAAUCUCUAUUACCUUUAUGCAUUUAUACAUACGAAUCAACAAAGCAGAUUUGUAAAAUUUUAAUAUAAGGAUGUUUUGUGGUUAUCUUAAAAACUGUUGUUUAGAAUUUAGUGCUACCAUUGAUGUUGUUAAUAGUGGUGGUCAAUGUUGUAAUUGUUGUAAUUGAAUUUUUAAAGUUAGUUGGGGUGAAGUAGUUCAGGGGUUACAGGUCAAGGCUGGUUGAGCGUUUGGUUGGAAUUUUUUUGUAGCAUCUCUGCUAAUGGCGAGAAGACGUGGGGACCCUGGAAGGGAAAAACUCAUGCUUCCAUUGUUGGUCUGAGGACAACUUGAAGCUUAGUGGUAAAUUGGGGCUUCCGUGUAGCACUCCAGAGUGAUGAAACAGAUAUGCCUCUUCGUGUCACUCUUGUCAGUUUUGACCAGAUAGAUGGAGACAAUCAGGGAUUGUAAUUGUAGUCAAGCUAUAUCGGGGGAUUUGUUUUCAAACGGUUUGUGAUAGGCAAUGAGAAUUUUUAUUUUUAAAUGGUUUUAGUUACUCUGUAUAUUUGAUGUAUACCCCUUUUACUCUUAGUCUUUGCUAUACAAGUGUGAUCUUCUUAAUCUCAUGAAUUUUUAACACUGGAUUGAAUGAAUUUGACUUUAGCAUGAGCACUGCCCCCCCCCCCCCCCCCCCCCCCCCCCCCCGCCCCCCUUCACUCAUUAAACCAUCACCUGCCUUCUGUAGUUGCACUCUUGAGUGUUGCUUCUGGAUAGCGGGGAGUCGUGGGAAAGCAGUCGCCGUGCACGCCUCAUCAGGGGGGUACAGCUCAGGGUAAAACCCUUUUGUAAUAAACCACCCGUAAAGCAGCAGGUUUAUUAUGAAUGAGUUUGAGCACUUACCUGAUGAAGGCGUGUGCGUUGGCCUUAAGCUGAGAGUAGAAAGUGGCAGGUGAGGGUUGUCCAGACAUUACAUGCAAUAACUUUGGAAUUGUGUGAAAGGAGGCACUACAAGGCAAAUCAGGGGCUGUGGUUUAAUGUUCAUCUGGUCUUACAAAUAAUUUUUUAUUUUUUUUUUAAAUGACGCUUAAGUCUGAAUUAUCAUGUGCUGUUUGUAACAUGACCGCCCAAAGCAAUAUAUAAAAUGUGGAAAAACAAAGCUGUAAUUCUUAUUGUGGUUUUUGGUUGGCUGUUGUCCUUGUAUUUUUUCCAUGCGUUUCAUUUGCUUGUAUCAAUCAGUGGGGAUGUGCAUUUGGUGGUAGUUACGUAGGCUUUAGACAAUUUUCUUUUGACUAGAUUUUGCUCGCCUGCAUGCCAGAUUGUUCUCCUACUAAAAAAAAAAAAAAAACAAAAAAAAAAAUAUAAACCUUUUGGAAUCAUAUUUAUAAUGAUAAAGCAAAAAUGUUUUUUUGGUGUAAAUGUUUAUCAUUGACUUUUUAGGUUACCAAUAUCUGUUUGAGUUUUUGUUUUCUUAAGAUUCCCACACAAUGUCAAUUUUGUCUAUUGUAAGGUGAAGACCUAUGUGGGGGUCUGCUCUUUGGGUCGCGUUCAAACGAGGUACUUUCUUCAAACAUGGGCCCGUUUAAGAGCAAACCCCUCUCCUCUCUUUACCUAGUUAUGGUAGUGAGGCUCCAUAUUGUCUCCUUCUUCCUGGUUUAUACCUGUGGCCAAGCUUCUUUUUAGGGUGUCUGUCCUUUUGCCAUGGCAACACCCCCCUCAUAAAAGUACAAAAGGGUUACCUCUUUUUACCUAUGAUUUAUUUCUAUCCCAAAGGGGAGAGCAUGUAAAACUGUUAAAUUCCCAUUAUCACUUUGUUAUAUCACUUAAUGAAGUUCUUAUUGUAUUUUUAUUUUUGGAAGGAGGGGGUCGUUUUAGCUCUGCUCUACAAUUUCUGUCAGCUAGUGUUCUCUAAUAGCAAUACAAAGGAUUGGAUCGCUUCAAUUGACUGAAUGGAGCUGUCAAACGCUUUCUGACCAGUAGGUGGGGCAUGUUGUAGAACAUCUGUAUUGGGCCAUUCACACGGUAUUGCUAUUAAGAAAUGUUUUUUUCAUUUCUUUUUUUUUUUUUAAGCCUGCAGGGAAAUUUUGUGUUAAUGUGCAAAGUAAUAAAUUGGUAUUUUAUGCCUGUAACAAUGA